AUGCUUCCCCAAAGGAUCACGGCCAUCAAUGGCUCCUGUGUUACAAUCCCAUGUCAAUAUGAGGUCCCCAAGGGAUUUGAACCAGAUGUCCUCAACUGUUCCAAAGGUGCCGUUUGGAAGAAAGGAGAUGCUUUGAAUCCACCUGUCUUCAAUGGAGAAACAAUUUCCAAUACUCAGAUAAAAGGGCAACUACUCGGGGAUUUAACGAAGAAAAACUGCACCACAAUGUUUCACAGCCUCCCAAAGGGCUACGACGACAUUUACUUCUUCAGGCUGGAGUGUACAGAGAGGAUCAAGUUCAGUUUUCCAUAUGGAGUCUACAUUACGCAACAAGACCCACCCCCUCCCGAGAUGACCACCGUGACUCAGGUGUUAGAGGGAGUCCAGAUGAUGAGAGUGCGUUGUUCAGUCCCGGUGCCCUGCCCCGCCUUGCCCCCCUCCAUCACCUGGCUCCCCCGGGAUGACUCCAGACAGGAGCAAACAGAAAUACUGAAGAAUCCAGAAGGACAGACAUACAUGACGUCCACGCUGACUUUCAUCACCUCAGCCGAACUUCACAACCGGAGCAUCAUCUGUUCUGUCUCCUACCCUUUGGCAAAAGGGGGCAGCACCGAGCCGUCUUCAACAACUCAGAUAUUCAACAUCCUCUAUGCUCCUAGAUCCACUGAGGCGACACUCAGCAUGCCCGGUGCUGUUUCUGAGGGCCGCACUGUGACGUUCACAUGUUUCAGUGAUGCCAACCCUCCCGUGAGGAACUACACCUGGUACAGAAAUGACAUAGGAAAUUUGACAAAGAUGGGUGAAAGAAGAACGAUGGUCCUGAGGGUCACCAAGAGGGACAGCGGGUUAUAUCUGUGUGAAGCUCAAAACCAGAAAGGCUCUCAGAGAUCCAGAGCGGUGUAUCUUGAUGUCAUCUCUGCAGCAGGCAGCAGCGAUAGCUUCGUGAUGUUUACCUACGUUAUUGGUGGAGUUGUGGUGUUUCUCUACAUCUUGACUGUUGUUGUGGUUGUGUGCAAUCUUUCCAAGAGGUUGGAGCAGAUAGAGCUGAAGGAGGAGCAAACCUACACCAAUCUGAGGAGGGUCGACUCCGACUACGACCACAUCCAGCCUAAAUCGCCGUCCAUUUCUGAUGUUCCAGACUAUGAGAACCCCAUCGCCCUGCGAGCCAUUCUCAAAAAUCAGCCACUGCCAAAGCACAAAUGA